AUGGCGCGGCUGUCCACGAUCUUCUUCCUUCUCCUUGCGCAGUUGCUAUCAGCAUGGGCGCUCCCAGCCUAUGUUCCUCCCGUGCGGGUGCGUGAGUUUAACUUUACUCUGACAUGGGCAAAGCACGCUCCAGAUGGCUUCUCACGGCAGAUGUUCUUGAUCAAUGGCCAGUCGCCGGGCCCUACCAUCGAGGUUGAUCAGGACGACUGGGUCGUAGUGCGUGUCAAGAAUCACUCACCUCAGAACACUACUGUUCACUUCCACGGCAUUGAGAUGUUUGGCACACCAUGGUCCGAUGGCGUUCCUGGACUCUCUCAAGUAUCCAUCCCACCUGGUGGUCACUUUGUUCAUGAAUUCGCGGCAACCCAAUAUGGCAGUUUCUGGUAUCACUCUCAUUUUCACGGGCAGAUUGAAGACGGUCUCUAUGGCCCCAUCAUCAUUCACCCUCGCCCACAGGACCCAAAGCCCUUCCAUCUGAUAUCUUCUGACCCCGAUGCCAUCGCUGACUUUAACCACUUUACAUCUCAAGAGAAGUGGAACAUUGCACUGGCCAGUGGUGUUGAGGACUCAUGCUAUGAUUCCAUUUUGUUCAACGGCAAGGGACAUGUGCAGUGUCUUCCCAGUGCCGAAGUCUCGGCCAACCUAAGCGAUGAUCAAAAGGCCUUUUUAAAGAUGGGCAAUGUAACUGCCAUGACUGACAAAUCAUGCCUGCCUCCUGCGGCGCUCGCUGCAUUGGGUGACCCGGCUCAGGCUAAUCUCUCUGCCAUUCCUGCUGGAGCCUUUUCCGGCUGCAAGGAAACCAAAGGCGCAACUGAAGUCAUUCAGGCACAGCUCUCGUCGCUUCCCACUCAUCAGUGGCUUGCAAUAAACAUCAUCGGCUCCAUCAACUUCAUCACAUCCAUGGUGUCUAUUGAUGAGCAUGAUAUGUGGGUGUAUGCCAUGGACGGGUCAUACAUUCAUCCCCAGAAGGUGCAGGCCCUUGUCCUCACCAACGGCGAUCGGUAUAGCAUCAUGGUGAAAAUCAUGAAGGCUGGAAAGUUCAACAUUCGCUGUAAUGCCAUCAGUAUUCCACAGGUGCUUGUUGGAAGUGCUGUCUUGGAAGUACAAAGCAACUGCGGCAAGACUUAUGGAAGCGAGUCGAAGCCAUUUAUCAGCAUUACAGGAGUGCCGUUGUCAAAGAACGUAACUUUAUUCAACCAAGCCACAGCGGCGCCGUUCCCACCGGAGCCAAUUGCACAGAAAGCCGAUGUGACGUAUAAACUCAACAUGAAGCUUGAUGGGGCUUCAUACCUUUGGGCCUUGAACUCAUCUCGUCUCAUGCCCAGCACCCUCGACAGCUCCAGCGAACCACCCAUCCUAUUUCGGCACCCGGAACCUGUGCAGAACAAUGUGACCAUCUCAACCUUUAAUGGUACAUGGGUUGACCUUGUUCUUUUUGCAAGCACAGUGCCAAUGCCGCCUCACCCAAUUCACAAGCACAGCAACAAAAUGUUCCAGAUUGGCGCCGGCGAGGGCGAAUUUACUUGGGAUUCUGUCGAAGAAGCAAUCAAGGAGAAGCCAGAGCUCUUUAAUCUCGUGAACCCACCCCGUAGGGACAGCAUCGCAUCGCUACCCGCCAUCACCUCCAAGACGUGGACUGUGGUGCGAUACCAAGUUGUAAAUCCAGGUGCGUGGCUGUUACAUUGCCACAUUAGCAACCAUCUUUUAGGAGGCAUGUCUAUUGUUAUUCGGGACGGUAUCGACAAGUGGCCGACGGUUCCUGACAAAUAUUUGGAUUGGAAAUUUUGA